UUGUGCUUUAAAAUGGGGAGUGGGGACCGUGGGGUUGCAGCAAGUAGAAUCAUCAUUUUCGCCCUCUUGUUCUUUUCCUCAUCGGAGGAAUUUGGUCCGUUUCAUUUCGCCGGAGACGUAGGAGCAGAUAUGUGUGGCGGAGCGAUUAUCGCCGACCUCUUUGCCUUCAUCGAUGCUGAGGAUCCUAUAGCUGGGCGAGAAAGCUUUCCUUCUCGCGCCGAGGGGUGCGAGAGCGCUAAGCCGGCGGGGGAGAGGCGGCGGAAGGCGCAGUACCGGGGGAUCCGGCGCCGGCCGUGGGGAAAAUGGGCAGCUGAGAUACGGGACCCGAGGAAGGGGGCGAGGGUUUGGCUGGGGACGUAUGCCACCGCGGAGGAAGCCGCUCGGGCGUACGAUGCGGCGGCGCACGAGAUCCGCGGUAACAAAGCGAAGCUCAACUUCCCGGAGGCGGCUCCGGAGCCGCCUAAAAAGCGGAGGCCGGCCUCUGCAGCUGUGGAGGAGAGCUCUGGGUCGUGUGGUGAGGAGGCGGUGGCGAUGGGGGAGGGGCUGCUGGAGCGGAUCACGAGCCUGGAGACGUUCCUGGGGCUGGAGCACGAGGAGUCGGCGGUCGCCGCCAGUGCGACGGGGGCGGAGGACGUAGGGUUCGACGGAGCUGUGUCGUGGGGAUGACCAACGAUUCGGGUGAUGGUCGCGAGUUCGCGUGGCGGUUGUGAGUGGACGACGGGGAUGGAUGUGUCUUGGAUUUUUAGUAUCCUUGUUUUCGUAUGAAAAAAUGGCCUACUUGUUUUGGGAUUUUCUACAAAAUGGUACAACAAUCUAUCCUUCUUUUCGCAUA